CUAACUUAUGCUCAUUAACUCAGCCUAAUCUCACGCUACAAUUUAUCGCUUUGAAGGUUAUUGAGUGCAAACAUAGUCACUCCUCAGCAAACCAUAAUAGUAGACUCCAGCUUGGGUGCCAUAUCAGACCAAAGUGACUAAUGGCCCUCCGAAUAUAGUGAUAUGAAUGUGUUCUCUUUUCCCUGAAAAUUAAGUGAACUUAGUUAUAGAUAACGGAGAACUGUGAACGAAUAUUAGAGUGAACAAACUGUGAACAUACUUGAAAGAAAGUGAGGUGUGAAGUGUGAACACUGAUUAAUUGGCGAACCUAAUUGGAGGUUAACAUGGGUGUUAAUAAUGGAAACAGCAAUAGCAACAACAGCAUCUGUGGCGGUACCAAGCAGAACAAGAAGAACUCGGUGACCUUCUGUGAACAACUAGGUAUCGAUUCCAACGGCGGAACAAACUCAAAGGAACUACAGCGUUACCUCUCCGUACCCACGUCAGAUGAAGAGACCGACCCGAUUCUGACGAAAUCGAAUUCGAUCGCUGCAAUGCCCAUAAAAAGUCCAAACAAUGGAUCGUCAUCCCUCCUCGAUCAAAUCCCGGAAGAUGGUCAACCCACAAUGAAAGCGUCCUCCACUAACCGUACCAACGGUACAGUACCCCGUAGUGCCUCGUUUGUGAUGCAGGAUAUCCUGUCUACACACAGACCGUCCACAGUCAUGUCCGCCCUGAGGAGAGGAUCAUUGGCUUGGUUGCCAGGGCGAAGCAAGAACCACAUUUCCCACGGUCCGGACGUUGAAUCUCACAUGGGCAGCAAGGCAUCGCUCAGUCAAAUUCCACACGGAAACGGGGCGCACUGUGAUUUAGCGAUAGAGUCUCGGAGGAAAAAUAGGCGUGUCGGAGAUGAUGCUCUGAGUACAGCACUUUCUGCGCUCUAUGCCAAGGUCAUCGUGAUUUUAGGCAUAGCGUUGCCUGUUACAGAGAUUCUAUCCUCGCAGAUACCGGCAAAUGUUUACCAGGGAUUCUAUCUAUAUCUCUACAUAACCAGUAUACUGUUCGUUAUUUUCGUCUAUGCAUCCAACAUGAGGCGACGGGCGGUCAUGACCCUAAUUAAAAACUACCACGAAAAAACCAACAUCUAUCCCCCGAAGAAGCGAAUCCAACGCUUCGGCAGUUUUUAUCUCCGAGUGGGAGCGAUUGCCUUCGGUAUCGGAGCAAUGGUGUACUCCGGUUUGGAACUGGGACAGUACUUCGAGUUGCACGCUUCUCCGGGAUGCUCAAGUGUCUUCAUCGCGUUGACACCGGCCACACGAAUGAUUCUAUCGAUCGUACAGAUGCAGUUUAUCUUUUUGAACACAUCGGAGCUGGAUAUGGCUCGGCACAAAGUUUUCGCCCGAUUUGGGUUGAUGCACAUGGUGGCUACGAAUCUGUGCGAAUGGUUGUAUGUGCUGGUGGAGGAAACCAAGCAUGAGAUUCACCAUCUGGCCCACAUGGUUGACGGCGAACGAACAGCCUACAAAAUCAUAAAUCUCACCACUACAACGUCAAUUCCUACCACAAUUGAUGACAGCAGUGAAGAAGACAUGUCAGCAGCUUUGAUGAUCGCACCGGGUUUCAAUCAUACCCGAGAAAGGUAUAUCAACGAUGGAACGCCUGAAUAUGUCGAUUGUCAGCGAACCAACAUAAUGGGGACCCUGGUUCAAAACGCAUCCCCGUUUCUGUUCCCUUGCACGAUCGAAUACUCGUUGAUUUGUGCCGUUAUCCUGUACGAGAUGUGGAAGAAAGUCAAAACAAUUGCCGAGAUCGACCGAACCCGACGAAGCUCGAGUAAAAUGGCAGCGGGUACGAAGAGUGCCCAUCACUUCUCGGUAGACUGCUCUCGCGCCCAUCGUGGGAUGUUUGGAGGGAUCAUCGUCACGGUGCUGACGAUCAUAUGUUUGAUCAUGUACUUUGUACUCCACGAUGAGCCGGGGUAUGAAUUUUUCGCCCUCCAAGAAGUCACAAUUGCCGAAACCGUUCUGUAUUCGGUAACGGCCGCAGGAGUAGUCGCUGCCAUAAUAAAAAUGCGAGACUUGAAGUACUGCAGAAAACACAACGAUCCACACGGAAGCUCAGUCAGUCUCGAUUGCACCCUUCUAGUGCUAGCCCAGACCGGAGUUUACGUGUACGGAAUGUUCAGUAUCAUUGGCAGCUAUUUUUCGAUGAAGCAAGGACACUCCGGGGCCGGAGAAGGAAUGAUCGCUGAAAUAUUCAGCUUAGUUCAAACAUCCAUGCAAACCCUGUUCAUUCUUAACGCUGUGUGGCGAAAAUGUCGGGGGGCUUUACAGAACCGAACGAAACCAGGACGGGAGAUUGUAACAUUCCUGCUGGUUGCCAACAUGGCUAUGUGGUUUAUCAAUACACUGAUCAAAGGAAGGGCCAGCUUCAGGCCGUCUCAUCUGGCGUUUUUCGGUACGUGGGCCUGGACGGUGAUUACGCACGUAUCGAUGCCACUGGCCAUCUUUUACCGCUUCCACUCAACCAUUUGUCUGUUUGAAGUGUGGAAGUCAACGUACAAAGUGAAGCAUGGAGAUCAUCAUUAGCAACGUAGCGGACAUGAGACUAUUACCACUUUACAAAUUUGAGAUUUAUUUAUUCACCCAUAAAGUAUUGAACGAAACAGUAUUGUUUGUUACAUAACCUUCUAUCAAUUGAAUUGUAAUGUAAUAUUUUGUAUUGAUUAGUAUAUAAAUCUCAUUGUGGAACGAUCUUAUA